AGCAGUCAGGAUCUAAAGCAGCUGAGUGUGAAGGAGUUAACUAACCCCAGGUCGUUUGAUGACCUUGGACACCCGACCUUAGGAGGGCUCUAUGAUCCUGCACUAGGUCCAAGUGACAGAGAUGAGCUUUGUGGAACAUGCAGCUUGGGUCAAUUUCACUGUCCAGGUCACAUGGGUCAUGUGACCUUGCCACUUCCUGUCUUCAAUCCACUUUUCUUCCCGCUUGUCCGCCAGCUCCUACAUGGUAGCUGUUUAGAGUGUAACCACCUCCUAGCCCCCAGAUGGACCCUGCGUCUGGUGGUACAGCAGCUGCGAUGCUUGGAUCAUGGUCUACUUGGUAGCGUAGGAGACCUUGCUGAGCUUGCUAGUACGGUCAUAUCAGAGUCAGAUGAUGGGGAAGGUCUGGCGGAUCAGAUGGAGACCACUCUCAAGGAAUAUGUGGAUGAAAUAUUGUCUAAGCAUGUGAAAGAGCAGCCUUCCGAGGCACGUCAUAUUGAGGAGUGUAGGCGUCAUGUGAUCCAAUCCUUUAUACGUCAGCACGUAGCAUCAAGAGGUAGGAAGUGUCCUCUAUGUAAGAAGCCUGUACGUGAGAUCCGUCCUCAUCAUAACAGUGUGAUCCUCACCAAGGUGAUCAGUGCGUCCGGUCAGGGCCUGCAGAUGGUCUAUCUUUCUCCACAUGAGGCUAGGAAACAUCUCAGGAACCUGAUGGCAAAUGAUGGUGUAGGUCUACGUCAUAUAUUUGGAGUGCUUGAUCUACCCAGUAAGCGGGGUGAAGACUCAACCAUAGAUCAAUUCUUCUUAGAAGCGCUACCAGUCAUCCCUUCCAAAUUCAGACCAAUAUCCACAGCAGGAGAAAAGACCUUUGAGAAUCCACAGACUGGUAACCUAUCUAAGGUACUAAAAGAUUGCCAUGUAUUGCAUCUCCUAUUACGAGUUAUGAGGCAAUCUACCAGUCAACAAGGGUCCCAAGAUGUAGAGAAUGGUGUCAUGGAGAUUGAUGUUAAACUGACAGUUAAAGAUAAGGAGAAUGUUGAUCAGAGCAUAUUAAGUACCAUCCCGGGAAAGACCUUACCAGAGAAGCUUCAGAAUGCUCUAACCCAGCUACAAACUCAUGUUAACUGUGUCAUUGACAGUGACCUUGACAAGAUAUCUACUGACAAAGCACCAGGCAUCAAACAGCUUCUUGAGAGGAAAGAGGGUCUGUUCCGCAAGCACAUGAUGGGCAAACGUGUGAACUACGCGGCUCGUUCAGUCAUCUCUCCCGAUCCGUACAUCAACACCGAUGAGAUAGGUAUCCCACAAGUCAUUGCCAAGCGUCUCACAUACCCCCAACCUGUGACUGAUUGGAAUGCACAGGAGCUGAGACAGAUGGUCAUGAAUGGACCUGAUGUACAUCCAGGUGCUUUACUGAUAGAGAACGAGGAUGGUUCUCAGGUCAGACUACGAGCGGACAACCAAUCACAGAGAGAAUCCGUUGCUAAGAGAUUGCUUACACCUAGCAACAUUAAUAAACAGAACACUGGAUCAAAGAAGGUUCAUAGACAUCUACAGACUGGUGAUAUAGUCUUGCUGAAUCGUCAACCAACGCUUCAUAAACCAGGCAUCAUGGCCCAUAAGGUCAGAGUUCUACCCGGUGAGAAGACACUACGCUUACACUACUCAGCAUGUAAGACAUACAACGCUGACUUUGAUGGAGAUGAGAUGAACGUGCAUUUCCCCCAGAAUGAACUGGGUCGAGCAGAGGCACUCACUAUAGCUAGUACCAAUCAUCAGUACCUGGUUCCUAAGGAUGGUACCCCUCUGGGUGGUCUCAUCCAGGAUCACAUUAUAUCAGGGGUGAGGAUGACAGUCAGAGGAAGGUUCUUCACAAGGCUUGAAUACCAACAGCUUGUCUACUGUUCACUGACUGACAAAGAGGGCCCGGUCAAAUGUCUCCCUCCGUGUAUCAGGAAGCCUGCCCUCUUGUGGUCCGGGAAGCAGCUGAUUUCGACUAUCAUCAUCAAUACCAUACCCGAGGGAUGUAAGCCGCUUGACUUCAUUGGAAAGUCAAAGAUCAAUAAUAAGUCCUGGUGUAAAGCAGAGCCUAGGCCACCUAAAGCAGGUGGUGGCGCCCUCGUUGGUACGGACAUGUGUGAGUCUGAGGUGAUCAUAAGAGAAGGAGAGCUGCUGAGUGGUGUGUUAGACAAGGGCAACUAUGGACCUACACCCUAUGGAUUAGUGCACUGUAUUUAUGAGCUAUAUGGUGGUCAUAUAGCUGGUAAACUGCUGAGCCACUUUGGACGUCUCUUCACGACCUUCCUGCAGCAGCACACUGGCUUCACGCUAGGACCAGAGGACAUCAUUGUCUUAGACAAGGCUGAUGAGAAGCGUCUAGAUAUCUUGGAGGAGUCUAAGGACUGUGGAUCAGAGGCUGUUGCUCAGGCGUUGGGUGUAGAGGAAAAGCCUGAUGGGAGUGAUAUGAAGGAGAUUGAUCUACAGAUGAAGACUAAGACGGAUCUUUAUAGUAACCAAGUUAGCUCUACCUGUCUGGGCUCUGGACUACUUAAACAGUUCCCUGAGAACAACCUACAGCUAGUUGUCUUAUCUGGUGCUAAGGGAUCUAUGGUGAACUGUCUUCAGAUCUCCUGUCUGCUUGGUCAGAUAGAGUUGGAAGGACGUCGUCCACCCCUGAUGGUCAGCGGUCGGUCACUCCCGUCCUUCCCACCCUAUGAGACUAGUCCUAGGUCUGGGGGAUACGUGGCUGGUAGGUUCCUGACUGGAAUCAAACCUCAGGAAUACUUCUUUCAUUGUAUGGCUGGUAGAGAAGGUCUGGUGGACACAGCAGUGAAGACAAGUCGCAGUGGUUACCUCCAGAGAUGUAUCAUCAAACAUCUAGAGGGAUUGGUAGUCAACUAUGAUCAAACAGUUAGGGAUAGUGAUGGCAGUAUAGUCCAGUUCCAGUAUGGUGAAGAUGGUCUAGAUAUCCUCAGGACUCCGUUCCUACACAAAGAACAGUUCCAAUUCCUGAUAGAGAACGCCAAUGCUCAUCUGCCAUCACAGUCCAAGUAUCGUGGACCGGUCAAUGACCCCAGUCAGGCAGAGAAACUAUUCAGGAAGAUCAAGAGAUGGAAAGAGAAACAUUCUGAUAGCUCCAGAUCAGAACGAAGGUCUCCAUUCCUAGAGUUCUGUCAUAAAGAGUAUCCAUCCAUCUUAGAGAAUGCUCAAUCUGAUGAAGAUAACGUAAGGAAGGCUUAUAACAAGGCAAAGAAGAGGAUCAUUAGGAGAUGGAGAGAAGUCACAGAUAGGCAUAGGUAUGAGAAGAAGACGGCUCCCUGUCCAGACCCUGUCAGCUGCCAGAUGAGACCUGAUAGACAUCUUGGAGCUAUCUCAGAGAAACUAGAAUCUCUCCUACAAGACUAUCUAGACUCAAGAUUACCAACAUCAGAUGAUGCAGAUGGGACUAAGAGAGAAGAUGAAGAGACUAAACUGAAGAAUAUGAUGUAUAGCAAGUAUCAGAGAGCUUUGUGUGAUCCGGGAGAAGCUGUAGGUCUUCUUGCAGCUCAGUCGAUUGGAGAGCCUUCAACUCAGAUGACAUUGAAUACGUUUCAUUUUGCUGGUCGUGGUGACAUGAACGUAACACUGGGUAUCCCAAGACUCAGGGAGAUUCUGAUGGUAGCCAGUGCCAAUAUAAAGACCCCUAGUAUGACGAUACCAUUCCUCAAUCCUGAUAUCUCGGCUAAGAAGAUUGGCAGGAUAUGCAGGCAGCUCAGUAGAGUCCACCUGUCACAGGUAAUUGAAGAUAUAGAUAUCUGGGAAUCCUAUGACUUUCCUACGACACAUGAUCACUAUCGUGUAUACAAGAUCAGACUCAACUUCUUGCCUCAUGAAGAAUACAAGGAUGAGCUGAAUGCCACUCCAGCUAGUAUCCUGUCUUACAUUGAAGUGACUUUCCUCAAGCAGUUCUUAGAGAUUGUCAAGAGAAAGAUGAAAGAUCUCAAGAAAGCAAACUUUGCAUCAUCCAGAAAAUCCAAGUUGGACGUGAUUGGUGAUGGUGGCAAUGCUGCCCCUACCCAAGAUAAAAAUGGAACAGACCCAGCCAUGCAAGAAGAUGAACCAGCCUCUGUGUCAAGGAACAGAGAUUCCAUUUCAUCAGAGGGGAGUGGUGAUGAGGAGGGUGAUGGUACAGCAUCUAAAUACAAGAAGAAACAUGAUGAAGAGAAGGAGUAUGAGGAUGAUGGAGGAGAGGAAGCAGAGGAGGAGAUGGAAGGAGAAUGGGAAGAAAUCAUUGAUACAGGUGGUGAUGGAGAAAAUGGAAAAGCAGAUAGCCCUGGUACUCCUGAUGAAGAUGAUGGUGGUGAUGCUGAUGAUGAAGCGAUGGAAGAAGAUCUACUCUCAUCCCAGCUGGACGAGAGUCAAUCAUCAUCUAGGAAGAAGAAGAAGAGACAGGUGGCCAUCAGUGAUAAGGAGAAAGAUCAGAGAAUACUGGCCACAGUGAACCUGAGUCCAUUGAUGGUGAUGUAUGACUUUGAUGCUGAAGAUCAGCUAUGGUGUGAGUUCAAAUUCAAGGUGGAUUUGACUGAUAAUAAGCUGGACAUGGCUUCACUGGUAGAGCUAGUCUCUAAACAAGCCACCGUUCAUCAUGUACCUGGAAUCUCUCGCUGUCUUGUGUCGGGUCAGGGGUCUGGUGAGACUAAACUACUCACUGAAGGAGUCAAUCUACAUGAGCUGUACAAGCAUGACAAGCUACUAGACCUGAACAAGGCAUACACCAAUGAUAUUCAUUCCAUGGCCAAUGCAUAUGGUAUAGAGGCAGCAUCCAAAGCUAUCAUCAAGGAGGUACGUGAUGUAUUCUCUGUGUACGGCAUCACGGUAGACCCUCGUCAUCUCUCAUUGGUUUCCGACUAUAUGACCUUUGAGGGUGUGUAUCGACCUUUCAACCGGAUCGGUCUGGAGUCCAAUGCCUCUCCGAUACAGAAGAUGACGUUUGAGAGCUGCAUGAGGUUCCUUAGGGAAGCUACUAUACAAGGUGCUAAAGAUAACCUGCAGUCUCCCUCUGCACGGCUUGUAGUAGGCAGAGUAGUCAAUGGUGGAACAGGAUGCUUUGAUCUCAUACAACCUCUCAAGUAGUACUCUCUCUCAUCUUCCAAACAUCAACUGAAACGAGUCAACAUUCAAAUCUGGACAACUCUGAUCACGCAGCUUCCUCUUCUAUUGCAUGGCUACCAACAUUUGAAAUUGUCAAUAAGAAAGUGACAUGACAGUUAGGUGUUUUACGAAUAUCCAACCGCCACCUGACGAGUACGCUAUAACGCAAUGUAUUGUGUGUACAUUACUCAAUACGCUUGGUUUGUACGCAUCUGGAUAGCCACAGGACAAGGUGAUCUUAGCAUGCAAGACUGUGUGUACGUACUGAUGUACACAUGCUUGUAGUGCAAAUAGCCAACCACAUUCAUAUGAGUUAGCCAUUGCGCCAUGUAUUCUUUGCACAUUAUUCUAUGCGUGCAUGCUAUAUUUGCACCCAUAAUCGUAAUUCAUGAAGGUGCAUUUGUAAUUUCGUACAGAAGGUCUGAAAUUUGUAAUAAUUACACAUUUCCCUAAUUGUUGGCAGCUGUGCUAUGAUAUGUGUUCUUCAGUUCAAUGAAUGACAGACUUUCUGAAGUUUUUCACAGUAUUUGGGCUACCGAUAUGCUUUUUUUGUGCUCGUUCAUGUAUGAAGGUUUUUUUUUUAAAUGUUAGCGUAAAUGUUAUACGCUUCACAUCAUUAUAACAGAGAGAGAGCUCAGGAUCUUGACACAUACAAAAAUCUGCUGCAUGGUUUUAUUCUUCAGCGUUUUACCGUGUAUAUCUGAGCCUUUAGACUUUCGCUGUCUUUUAUUUAUACUGUUUCACUACACAGUUUGAAUUAUUUUACCAUGAAUUGAUAAAUUUUGUUUUCUUUCAGUAGAUGUCCUUAAAGUGUUCUUUCUUGAUCAGUAGUCAUGUGAAUGGCUACCUUUACAUGAAUCAAAUGAUUUCAAUAUGAAUAUAACCUUUUGCUAUGGCCAAUAUGAUGUCUUCUUGGUGAAACAUACGAGAUAAAGGAGAGAUUGUUCAUUUUAUUAGUAGAUACAACUGUAGUUAAAAUGUGUAAAGUAAAACUACACAUCCGAUAUAUACCAUGGUUAAUUGUACAUCUGUAUCAUGCAUUUAAUAAGUUGUUUUAAUUUUUUAUUCUUCUAAACAUUGACUAAAAGAAUAAAUUUUGUGUUUCCUUAAUGAAUAUUAAAAAUAAUUUGACACACUAGUGUUUUCUUUGCUGCAUUUCAUGAAUUCAUUCAGUAUUUAAUAAUGCAGAGAAUAUGUCAUCUGAUUGGAGUCAGAAGGGUGUUAACUCAUAUACUUUCACACAGACCUUCUAGCUCCAAAUGAUGUGGUGUUAGAUGCAAAAUGUCAUCCAAAUACGAGAUGUAGAUGGCCCUUAAACCCAUUAGUUAGGCCUUUAAAAAAAAAUGUUGUACUGCCUUUUGCGGCCGGCCCGGAAAUCUUAAAAUCUAUGGUCGGCUUUUUAUUUCAUUUUAUUUUUUUGACCGUUUUUU